UAGACCGGAACCAUCUAUGACCAACUUCCUGUGUUGAAUUAAGCAUUAUUUUCUUGUUUUUGUGUAAUUUAUUUUAUCUCUUUUUAACUUUUAAGGCCGGAACUUGAUUAUUCGUGUGGAAUUUGUCGUCAAGAUGGCGGAGGAAUUACAAGAGAAUCUGAAAACCUACAAACUGCAGCUUCAACAGGUUGAAGCAUCUUUAACAACUGAUCCAGAUAAUGAAGAUUUACAAAAACUACAGAGUGAUCUACAGGAAGUUAUAGAUCUAACAAUCGAUCUGAUAAGUGGACAGAUGGUUGCUGCAGAGGCAGAUGACAGCACAUCUCAACCAGAAGGGGAAGCGUCUUCUUUAGCAACACAACACAAUUGGUCUGUUGGUGACAAGUGUUAUGCCCCUUAUUCAGAAGAUGGACAACAUUAUGAAGGAGUUAUAGAAGAAAUAUUAGAUAAUGGAUCAUGUACUAUAACAUUUGUAGAGUAUGGUAAUACAGAUAUUACACAGAUAAAUCUGUUACGACCUGUUGAUCAAGACAUAGGAUCAGGAGGAAGUAAAUCUGAUGCACAUGAUAACAAGAAGAACAAAUCAAAAAAAGAUUUGAUUGCUGAACAGAGAGAAUAUAAAAGAAAGAAAAAUCAGAAAAAAGCUCAACGAAUGAGACAGUUAGAGGAAGAACGAGAAUCGGAGAAAAAUAAAUGGCUGUCUUUUAAUGCAAAGACAUUUUCUAAAACUAGUAAAGGUAAAGUCAAGAAGAGUAUCUUUGCUACAUCUGACCACGUACAGGGUAAAGUAGGUGUCGGAACCUGUGGUGUAAGCGGACGACCCAUGACGACAUAUAAAGGUGGGGAAAAGUGGAGAAAAUAGACUUGAUUGAUUGAUUGAAAUACUUUGUGUGAGAAGUGGAUUAGAGAAAAUAGAAGGAAUAAAAUAUUUGUUUGUGGAUGGAGAAUAAUUGGUAAACACCAUGGAUGGACCAACAUUCUUUGUGUGGAACAAGACAAUGGUUAAAAAUAACAUGAUUGGAUAUAUUAAUGUUUCUUGUAAUUUGUGUAAAUUUCCAGGAUUAGUUGAGUGAAAAAUGGCCUAUAUAUUUAAUUAAAGAAAGAUCAAUUAAAUUAAAAGAAAUAGUUUGGAUUUGUUCUGAUGAAUAAUUAGACCGUCUAUGAAUACUCCUACAUUUUUCUGAUUUUUAAAAUUUAACCAAAUAUGAAAUAUGCCAUGAAUUUGAAAAAUUAAGGCCAGCACAUUACUGGGAUUUUUGUUGUCAAUGUGUUUAAAGGAUGGACACAUCAUUGCUUAUAUUCUUGUUAAUAACAGUUGUUCAUUAAAGUACAUGUAAUAAUGAACCAGAAUAAUGUUUUGUCAGUCUAAUUAUUUGGCUUUUACUCAAACUGUUAAAUAUACAUAUUAAUUUAGAAAUUAUAAGAAUUUAAGCUCCUGUACAUACAACCCUCUCAAAUUAUGUUUCCCAAAAAUGUUACUCACUAUAUUAAAAAAUGUAAUUAUAGCUAUCAGGAUAAAUUAUCGUCAUUAGACUUUAAUCAUCGUUGAUUUGACAGUUACUAACAGUUUAAUUAUUCUCUAAUAAUGCACAUUGUUUAUCUCUCUUUAACAUCAAGAGUUGAUUUUUUUUGGUUGCCAACUAACUUAGGUAUUGGCGUUUUUAAACAUUGUAUUUAAGAAAUGAUGAGGCGUGUAUGAUUCAAAGAUAAGAAAUAUAUGUAAUCUAGGUGCUAUUAUGUUGUGUAAUGUUACUUGAAUAAUUCUCUCUAUCCCAGCUUGUAAUUUUAGUGCAGAUUAAUGUUUAUGCAGAUAGUUAUCAAAAGAUUUUGAUAAAAGAUAUUUUUGUUAAAAAUGUAAAUAAAAUAUUUUGUAUAAAGUGUAAAUAAAGAUAAAUGUUGAGACAA